AUGAGAAAGAAGCAAGGUAUUGCUUAUAAUAAUUUAUUUCUUUCGCUAUAUGAUGAAUCUAAGACGGCUGAAGAACAAAAGAAUGUCUUUUCAGAAUUUCAAAGAGAUUUAAAUGAAUUUGUUUCAUGGUUGGAAGAAGCAGAUAACAUUGCUACUACUCCACCUGGAGAUGAGGAACAGCUAAAAGAAAAGCUUGAACAAGUCAAGUUACUGACAGAAGAGUUACCCCUGCGCCAGGGAAUUCUAAAACAAUUAAAUGAAACAGGAGGAGCAGUACUUGUAAGUGCUCCCAUAAGACCAGAAGAGCAAGAUAAACUUGAAAAGAAGCUCAAACAGACAAAUCUCCAGUGGAUAAAGGUUUCCAGAGCUUUACCUGAGAAACAAGGAGAACUUGAGGUUCACAUAAAAGAUUUUAGGCAGUUUGAAGAGCAGCUAGAUCACCUGCUUCUGUGGCUCUCUCCUAUUCGAAACCAGUUGGAAAUUUAUAACCAACCAAGUCAGCCAGGACCAUUUGACCUGAAGGAAACUGAAGUAACAGUUCAAGCUAAACAACCGGAUGUGGAAAGGCUUUUGUCUAAAGGGCAGCAUUUGUAUAAGGAAAAACCAAGCACUCAGCCAGUGAAGAGGAAGCUAGAAGAUCUGAGGUCUGAGUGGGAAGCUGUAAACCAUUUACUUCGGGAGCUGAGGACAAAGCAGCCUGACCGUGCCCCUGGACUGAGCACUACUGGAGCCUCUGCUAGUCAGACUGUCACUCUAGUGACACAACCUGUGGAUACCAAGGAAACUGUCAUCUCCAAACUAGAAAUGCCAUCUUCUUUGCUGUUGGAGGUACCUGCACUGGCAGACUUCAACCGAGCUUGGACAGAACUUACAGACUGGCUGUCUCUGCUUGAUCGAGUUAUAAAAUCACAGAGGGUGAUGGUGGGUGAUCUGGAAGACAUCAACGAAAUGAUCAUCAAACAGAAGGCAACACUGCAAGAUUUGGAACAGAGACGCCCCCAGUUGGAGGAACUCAUUACUGCUGCCCAGAAUUUGAAAAACAAAACCAGCAAUCAAGAAGCCAGAACAAUCAUUACUGACCGAAUUGAAAGAAUUCAGAUUCAGUGGGAUGAGGUACAAGAACAGCUGCAGAACAGGAGACAACAGUUGAAUGAAAUGUUAAAGGAUUCAACACAAUGGCUAGAAGCUAAGGAAGAAGCUAAACAGGUCAUAGGACAGGCCAGAGGCAAGCUUGACUCAUGGAAAGAAGGUCCUCACACGAUGGAUGCAAUCCAAAAGAAAAUCACAGAAACCAAGGUUAGUGCCAAAUGUAUCUUUUUAAAAAUAAACUACUUGUAG